UCUGGCAGCAGGAUGGUUGACAUGUCCCACACUUUACACCACACUACGAAAUAACAACAAUGAGUGCUGCAAUCUUAUCAUGCGUGCUUGUUGCGGCUUGUCAGUGGUGACGCAAGCUGCCCUGUGCUUGAUAUGCCUGUACCGGCCUGGCAGUGUACCAGUGGAGCAUUUACUCUACACACGUGAGGGCAUAGAGCUCACCACUAGAUGCUUGGACACCUGCCACACCUAACACGGCACUCCAGAAAAGCCAUUGAAAAGUGCCUGCCAUCAGUGUCACCAGUUUCAUCUCUUACACCCGUCUUUAAGCAGUGCCUCAUCUCUCGGCCUUGCUUCUCUCCUUCCCAAAGACAGUAUCGAUUGUACAGCCAGCCUCUCCUUGUGCCCGGGAGCCUCAGGGGUACGGGAUUGUGCUUUGCUGUGUGUGGCGUGUCUCAGUGGUGUCGCAAAGUGCAGUCAUGGCGUCCUAUCCAUUCUGUGCAGAUUAUGACAAGAGGGGCAUGGCAAAAUGUAAAGUGUGCAAGGAGAAGUGUGAGAAAGGAACACUACGCAUGGGAAAGAUCGCUUCCAACCCCUUCUCUACUGGUGACACAAUGAAGCUCUGGUACCACACUGACUGCCUGUUUGAGAGCUUCAAGCGGGCACGAGCCACCACCAAGAAGAUUGAGGACCCAGAGGAGGACAUAGAGAACUGGGCUGACGUGGAGGAUGAGGAUAGGAAGAAAAUACUGGGGCUUGUUGAGGAGUUACAGGGCAUCCUGGACAAGAAGGCUGCCACCACACCCAAGAAGCAGACCCCUAAGAAGAAGGCUGACCCAGCACCACCACAGUCUACUCCCAGCGCUAAGGAGGUACGGCAAGACCCUCCCAUAGACCGCCAGCACAAGGACAACUCUUUCAGGGAAUUCCGUCGUCUGUGUGCUGCCAUUGCAGACGAACCAAGCUACCUCAGUAAGACCCAGCUGGUGUCCGACUUCCUCACUCGUGGCACUGGGAAAGACGGCUUCAAGGGUGACCUGCGGCUCUGGGUGAAGUUGCUGCUGCCUGGUGUGGUGAAGCGUGUCUAUAACUUGCAGUCCAAACAACUCCUCAAGCUGUACUCCCAGAUCUUCAACACCAGCCUGGAGGAGAUGAUGGAGGACUUGGAGCAGGGUGAUGUGGCAGAGACAGUGAGCAAGUUCUUUGAGGAGUCCCGGCAACUUCCCCCAAUGAAGAAGAGCAAUCUGUCCCUGCAGGAUGUGGAUGAGGUGCUGGAGGAACUGAGCGGCAAGACCAGGGAGGAGGACCAGACCAUCACACUGAGGGCUAUUGCAAAAAAGUCGACAGCGAAUGACUUGAAGAUGGUGGUGAGGCUUAUCAAAGGAGACCUGAGGAUCAACGCUGGAGCCAAGCACAUACUGGAUGGCGUACACAGUGACGCCUAUGAAGCCUUCCAGACAACGCGUAACAUUGAUUCUGUGCUAGACAAGAUAAUAUCGGGCAACACAGAUGCUCUCAAAAUGUCGGCUGAACUGCUCACCCCUGUGCUGCCUAUGCUGGCAGAGGCGUGUAAGUCAGUGGAGUAUGCGUUCAAGAAGUGUCCGAGUGGUGUGAUGUACGCUGAGGUGAAGUACGACGGGGAGCGGGUGCAACUACACAAGCAGGGCACCAACUUCAAGUACUUCUCUCGCUCCCUCAAACCAGUCAUGCCCCAUAAGGUGGACCAUUUCAAGGAGUACAUCCCCCAAGCCUUUCCCGAUGCCAGCAACCUGAUUCUGGACGCGGAGGUGCUCAUGAUCUGCACGAAGACAGGCAACCCACUCCCUUUUGGCACCCUGGGCAUACAUAAGAAAGCAGCGUUUCAAGAUGCCUGUCCCUGUUUGUUUGUGUUUGACUGUCUGCAUUACAAUGGUGAAGAUCUCAUGAAUAAACCAAUCAUUGAGAGAAGAACCAUUCUGGAGAAGACAAUGAAGGAGGUUGAAAAUCGAGUUAUGUUCUCCGAGAUGGUGAAGAUUAAGAGACCCGGGGACCUGAGGGACAUGAUCGCCAGAGUCCUCAAGCAGGGACUGGAGGGUCUCGUGCUUAAGGAUGUACAGAGUAUUUAUGAGCCAGGGAAGCGUCACUGGCUGAAGGUGAAGAAGGACUACCUCAAUGAUGGGGCCAUGGCUGACACGGCUGACCUGGUGGUGCUGGGGGCUUGGUAUGGCACUGGGAAGAAAGGUGGGAUGAUGUCAGUGUUCCUCAUGGGGUGUUAUGAUCAUCGCAUCAACAAGUGGUGUACUGUCACUAAGGUCCACACGGGGCAUGACGAUGCAGCACUGGAGAGACUGCAGAAGGAACUGGACAUGGUGAAGAUUAGCCAGGACCUUGCUAGAGUCCCACUGUGGCUCAAGGUUAACCGGGGCUUGGUGCCGGACUUUGUGGCUGCUGAUCCUAAGAGGUCACCUGUCUGGGAGAUCACCGGGGCAGAGUUCACCAAGCACCAGAUCCACACGGCUGACGGCAUAUCCAUCCGCUUCCCCAGAGUGACGAGGGAGAGGAGUGACAAGGAUUGGGAGAGUGCCACUAGCCUCUCACAGCUCAAGGACCUGUACCAAGCCUCUAAGGAGUGUCUCAACCUGGAUGGCCUGACAGGGGGCGACGAUGAUGACUCUGAGGUGGGUGUGGGCAGCGCUGCGUCCAAAACACCAUCACCAUCACCGCCAUCGUCAGCUUCACCAUCCCCGGCAAAGAAAAUUGAGGAAGACAAGAAGGUGAGGAAAAACAAGACAGAGAGAAGAGAAGACUCAGGGAAGAAGAAGAAAAAGAGAGAGGGAGAGGAAAGAGAGGAUAGAGGAAACAUACAUGUGAAAAAAAUGAAGGUAAGCCAUAGUAAUGUGGAACAAAGGACGCUUUUCCAGAACCCAACCUCUUCCUCCUCCUCCUCCUCCAGCACCACCACCACCACCUCCUCCAGUACAAAGGGAAUUAAAACAUUGCUCAAAGCCCCGACGUGUAAUCCUCUGCCGGACUUCCUCGUGGGGGUGCUGGUGGUUCUUCCUGAUGACAUCAAGGAGCGGGCACUUCUCAGGCGCUACAUCAUGGCGUACGGAGGAGAGGUGCUGCCUGAUUACCGCGUUGACCAGGCCACUCAUGUCAUUGCGUCCAAACAGGACACAGACACACACAAGGGAGCAGGUGUGAGGGUGCGUGAAGCCUGGGCGUGGGACAGUGUUAAGCUCCAGCGACUCAUGCCAGCCCACCUAUAUCGAGUUUGAGAGAAAUAGAGGAGAGGGGAAAGCUAGAGUAAGAUAGAUAAUCUCAUUUCAGUGCCUCCUCUCAUCUUGAUGACUUUUGACAGGCUCUACUGUGAGUUACCAAGGUUUUCAAGGGUGCUUUAAAGAUUUUUAUAAUAAUUUAACAAGUAUUUCACACUCUUAACAGGCUGUGAUGGAAGUUCUAGUUGUAAUUUAACAAGGGAUCUUCAUCAUUAGUUGGAAAAACACCAUUGAAAAACCUGACAUCAUCUUUAUAACUUCUGAGAGCAGUCUUGGUAACAGAAAGUACAUAUUUAACCAAACAAGUAUUAAUGAUUUGCCAAUUUCACACUCAUACAUUUUUUCCUCCUCUUCAGUUCUGGAUCUAGUUCUUUUCUCUUAAGUCCUCCUCUGUAUCUCUCACCAAAAUCAGUCUUUUCAUUGCUUCACCAAUUCAUAAGCUCAUAUUCAUGCACUCAUUUGACCACAAAACACUACCUAAACACUACCAGAUGAGACCAGGUCCAUUUUAUACACUAUUUAUACAACAUUAUCAUUGGUUUGAGUUGUCACUGCAAAUGUAGCAUGAAGUGUAAAUAGGGAUUUUUUUUUUUCAUGUGUGUGUGUGUGUGGGUAUUUGAGAGUAUAAAAGUGUGUGGUUAUCCCACAUGGCAAAUUAUCAAAUUUUAAAUGUGGCAGUUAUGACUUUGACAUGUGUGAUCAGUAAUAACAGUUAAUCAUUUUUUCUUGAGAGAGAGAGAGAGAUGGAUGGAUGUUGGGAUCAUGAUGUAUUAUAUUUCUAAGGGACUGGAAUUCCUGCAACAUAAUGAUAAAACUGCCUUAACAAUGUUUGAUAAUGUACAUGUGUUUGUAUAUUUAAAGUUUGCAAAUUGUAA